UGUCUCCGUACAUGAGUACCUAGAAAUGCUGUCGUCGCAGCAGGCCGCAGGCACCUCGCCCACAACACUUCACCUCAUGUAUUGACGACCUUUUGAGAUACCCCAUUACGACUUAUAAUAAUGUUUGGCGCUGGAAAGCGAGUCUGGCACCUACCGCUUGCGGUCUUUGCAAUCGCUGCGCUUCUAUUCACCUUUGCUGGACUUGGAUACGAUCGAUACGUCUUCACCAAUACCCUCAAUUCAAAUACAGAAGGCUUUACGGCCUUCUUAUCGGCAGAUACCAUCACUGCCAUCAAAGACGAUGCGCGACUACACCAUGCCUUGCUGAGCUUCACCGAAUCGAUCGCACAUACGUCGAGCGACCUUGGACAUAGACUGGAUCUUAGCGGUGUACAGGAAUUUGGACAUGCUCUGAGUCAGAGUGUUGUGGAACUUCGCAAGAGGCAUGAUGUUAGGAGUCGGAAGCGCAGUUCGCUGGACGACGUGAGCCAGGUCAUGGAAAGUCUACUGUUUGAAAUGGGACUGAACACUACUGGAGGAUUGAGUGCAAUUGUGGGAAAUUUGGGCACUGCUCUGACCGGAGGUCUAGCAACUCCGGCGUUAUUUCUUGGUAUCGGUGUUGGUGUCGGCGCGUCGACCGGUUUGAACAUCACUGAUAUGAUGACCGCCAGAGCACAAGCAUCAAUGGUUGCCAGUGCUUUCAAUGCUUCCGCGACCGGUAUCAACCUCGCUGCACAAAACAUUGGAAGCGGUUUGGCAAGACAAAUCACGCCCUGUCUUAGCCAGUCAAACAUGAUGAAUAUGCCUAUUGGGCCUGCUGCGUACGCCCUGGCAUCUGGGAUUGGUAACUCGACUGCAAAAGCCCUGAAUCUAACGAACGAGAAAUUCCCACCUUCUAACGACUCUGGCAUCGUAGCCGUAGCAGGCAAUCUGGGGCUUGGGGUCAGCGCCCCAAUUGUUUCAAAUAUCGACUUUCAAGCAGUGGUGAAGAGCGUCGGAGGAAACACAAUAACCACUUCGCUCAUGCAGCAACUACCUCAAAUCGCUGCGGCUGCGGGGAACGGUCUUGGGGAAGGAGCAAAGAUAGGACUUAGAUUCGGACAGACGAGCCAAGUUGCGGGCACAGUGGGAAAGAGGCAGACAGUCACAGAUCUCUCGCAGGGAGUCGACGUUCCGGGGGCUGUGAAUUUGUUCACCAAAGGUUUUAGCCAGUCGCUCCUCAUGGGCGUUGAUGUCGCAAGCCUUUCGAGUAGCUUGAAUCUCACCGGUACUCUCGGGGGCAUGAUGAGCCCAGCCAUGCUCUCGGCACUCGCUGCAGGUGCUGGCUCAGGCAUCGGCAUGGGACUGGCGAUUGGCUUCCAGUUCAAGGAUGUGAAUGCUGCGCCUCUCAUUGUGCAAAGCAGUAACACCAGCAGCGAUAGCAUGCAGACUGCGAUAGUAGCCGAAACGUUGGCGCAGAAUCUUAUCUCCAACUUCCUGCUCAACAGCACAGUUCCGCAGGCUGUCGGUGCCACGCUCUCAGACAAGACACCACAACUGCUCAAGAACGCAGAUGUAUCCAGGGUCAUGGAGGGCUUUGCUCGAGGGACCAUCGAAGGUAUUUCUACUGCACUAUCCUCUGUCGGUGGCCUCCAGAAUCUUCUCAGUGGCAACUUCUCUGAUAAUGCAUUGAUAAAUGUGCCUGCCUUGGAAGCAACAAAGUUCAACGACUCGGUCAACGGAUCUGCUGUAGGUUUUGCGCGUGGCUUCAUGGGAGAAGGGACAAUCUUGAUCGGGGACGUGCUCAAGAAGAUGAACCAGAAUGCGAACGGAACAGGUUCAUCGCCUGACAGAAAGCGCGAUGCAGAAUUGUCAGCAGGAGCUGCAGCAACUGUCCCGUAUAAUAUAGAGACGGCACGUCAAUUUCAGAACGACACGAGUGCAACCACUACCUUUCCACUCGCUAUCAACGAAGCCACGGUCAUGGGCGGCGUCCAGAUGGCUAUCAACACGCUCACUUGUCAAGGCAUUGGAGGCAUUGCGUCGAUCACUCUUGGCGCAGUGAGUCAAAAGAAGAACAAAAUAAGCCUAACGGACAUGGUGAACAUUCCACUUGAUCCCCGGGUUGCGGCAUCUUUGCCCCAAGGACCUGUAGAGUUCACAUCGGAUGGUAACACGUUUCGCAUAGUUCUCAAAGAUGCUGAGAUAUCGAUCAAUGGCUUGCCAGUCUUUCCUUUCGGAGUCCUCACGGCGCUUCAUGUUUUGUUCGUCAUGUUAGCGUUCCUCCUCACAUUACCGCUAUACCUUAUCCUCGGCGUCGUGUGGCGCCUAUCGGUUCUGGCUGGGUACCCUGUUAACGAAGUCAAGAAUAAGAAGUGGCGAAUGGGUCUACUGAUCACGUUUGGAGUGUCAGCUGUGAUUGGCAUCAUAUUCGGUAUGAUCGGGAUGGGCAAUUCGCGACACUUCAGGGAUGGUCAUGGUGUUUUUGGUCUCAUUGCUCUCAUUCUGGUGCUCCCCACUGUCGGUUUCACCGUUGUCAGACUCCGCUCAGAGGCUAUUUACCCUCUGCCAGCCAAUUUCUCUGGCAUUAAGGCGCCGUUUGCGCUCUUCAAGUCCGCUGAUCAACGGAUCUACCUGGUUAGUGGUAUUCUCGUCCAGCUUGUCUUUACACUCGGCCAGAUCACUUUCAUCAACGGUUUCUCUACGUUGCGUUCGAUUUCGCUCUGUAUCGUCGAUGCAGUGCUUACCUCAAGUUUUGUUGCGGGACUCAUGGGUGUCCUUUUGAUGGUGCAGAUCACUGCAGGAGGGAUGGUUGGCAUCCGCACAUGGCUCGAGCAGCACAUAGCCAAGCGCGAGAAAGCCGGUGUGCAGCGAAUGAUUAUAGUCGAAGCCGGAACGAAUCCUCGCAAGAACUCGAUCGCAAUGUUCGGGUUCGGUGGCACCCGCUUAAACGCGCCGCCACAUCUCGAUCUUGAUCGCUCACAACUUGUGCAGCGCAACACAGAAGAGCUCAAGGGUUUCGCGGACGAAACGAUCAGCACACCAUUCAAUGUACGCAAAGAAGGUGCCCCGCACUUCAUGGACUUCGAAAGACCCCGCCGGGUCAGUCCUCAGCCCUCGGCUGAAUUCAGGGAGAAUCCGUUCCUUUCGCCAGCCAAACAAAGAGACCUCGACGAGAGAGUCUACCCCAAGACAGCAGACUAUCAAUAUAAAUAUACCUCCGCUGUAGGUGACAGCAUAGACCACUACAGCGUACCAGCCGGCUACCAACCGGAACGAGCCGAGAUCAGAUCAGGCCGUCCAUCAUCAGAUAUCAUCGACCCAAUGAACUCGCCCAUACCACCAGGACUUCGUGAUCUACAUCAGAGCUAUGUUGGGUCGUCACUACUAUUUGGAUCGCCGCCAAAGACUCAUGGUGUUACAAUGGCUGAUUUAUUUCCUCCACCACCAGCCCCUCCGAUGGAUUUGCAGAUGCAGCUGACGGCUAAAAGUGUGUCUAAUAGUUAUUCGAGACCUUUCAAUGAAGGGAGGAGACCGAGUCGUGACGAAUUAAGGGGGGCUGGGAGAGGGACGGGCGUUUCCCCUAAGAGGUGA